AUGGACGUGAUGAAAGAUGAGUACAACACUCAAAAUUCAAUGCCAAUGUGUAAGAAUGAAAAAAGUAAAAAAAUUAAAACCAAACAUUUUUUUAGUGGAUUUGAUGAUUUUAAAAUUAAUUAUACAUUUAGCACAAAAAAUAUUUGUUCGGAUAAAAAAAAUAAAGGGCCUUUAUAUAGUGACGCAAACAACAGUAUAACUGAUGACUGUGACAUGAUAAAUUUGAUUAAAAUAAUAAACACUAAUUAUAUUGAUAAAAAAUUUUAUUUUAAAAAACUAAGUAGAAAUGAUUUAUAUAAAAUAUUUGUCUAUUCAAAUCUAUUAACAAGAUCAUUAAUUUUAUACCCAUCUUUAAUUCAUCAUUUUGAAAAUAUUAUAGAAAAUUUUAAAAAAAUUAAAAGUGAACAUAAUACACAACUAGAUGAUCAUAUCAUGAUUUCUUAUACAAGUACAACUGGGAAGGAAUACAACCAAUUUAGCAAAUAUUCUAAUAAUCAAAAUAAUAAUAUUCUUAAUUUAAUUAAAAAUGAAAAUUCCCAAAACGAUUUAUAUAACAUUCCAGACAUUUCAGAUUUUCAAAAAAUGACUUCAUUAUACAUUCAUGAAAAAACGAUCAAUCAUAUUUCAAAAGAAAAAAUAAAACUGCAAGACCAAAUUACCAAUGUCAUCAACAAUAAUUAUGAACAAGUAAUAAAUACCAGAAUAAUGAAUCGUGAAUCUGAACAAAUCAUAAACCCAAUAUCAAUGAACCAAUUUAGUAAUUCUAAUAAUUACUAUGCUAAUUGUAUGGCCAAUGAUACAAGUGUAAUGUGUGAAGGGAAAGAAGCUAGUGCUUUGAAAUCGGACCAGUUUUGCAACCAUGAAUAUUCAAAUAGUGCAGUUAAACACAAUAAUAGUACGAAUGGAAACAAUGAAAACGGUGAUAAUAAGCAUCAAACACUUCAACCAUCGAAUACAAAUAUUAAUCACCAAUACCCAACCAAUAAUGUAUGCACAAAAAGUAUAAAUAAUGAAUAUAAAUCUAAUACCAUAAAUUUAUUAAAUCCCAAUAUCCCUAAUACUAUAAACUUCUCAUUAAACAAAAAUGUCCGGGUUUAUAAAAAUAUAAAUGAAUACGAUAUUAUUGAACUAAAAAUAAGUACCUCAUUUAAUAAUAAGAACAUAUGCAGAUAUAUAGGUAUUCAUAGCGGAAUGACCCUAUAUAAUAUUCAUCGAUGUAUAUGCAUAUGCUUAGGAAUAAAAAAAGAAGACACAGAUAAUUAUCUACACGUUUUUGUAUUAAACAAUGGAAAUAUUUAUGGUAGUGGGAAAAAAUGUAGUGUGAGUAUUAUCAGAAAAAUCCAAAUAAACACUGAUAGACAUAUAACUUUUAAGCAUAUAGUAAAAACGCCAUUAUAUCUUUACAAAUCAAAAGAUGAAAAUCAAACUAAUCAAAAUUAUGAAUAUCCUACAAGCAAUAUAAACUUAUUUGAUGAAAAUAUUUUUCCAAAUAAUGAAUAUAAUUAUAAUAAUCUAAAUAGCUUUAACGAUAUUAAUAGAACACCUAUAUAUAAUAUAAAUAUGGCUAGCCCAAUUUUAAAUAACUUAAAUUAUUCCAAUAUAAAAAAAAAUCAUAUAGAUGAUGAAAUGUUUAAAACUCCGUGCAUUAAUAACAUUAAUUUUUCCAAUGAUUCAAAUUUAAAUCAUUUUGAAUAUUUUAAACAUAAAAAUGAUUUUCAAUCUUUUAAAGAAGACAAUAUAAAAAGUGAAAUUCAAAUUCCUACUAAUAAAAACAAUAGUCACGAUAUUAGAAAUAUGGCAGAUAUUAAUAAUACAGAUGAUAACAAUUUUAAUGCAAAUAUGGCUACAGAUUUAAGUCAUAACCCUAUCGAAAAUAUUAAGCCUAUGCAAAAUACUCAAAAUAAAUAUCCAACAAAUUGCCCAGAUACAAUAACUAAUAUAAAAUUUAAUGAAAAUAAUAUUAUUAACAAUACAAAUUUCUUUAGCCAAAUAAAUAUUAAUGAUUUAUAUUCAGAUCAAAUUUAUAAAAAUAAGAAUAAUAAUAUUAAUGGAGAUAUUAUUGAUGGCGAUAGUUUUACUCCAUGUAAUACUAAUUGCAAUAAGUACUAUAAUUUAAGAAGUAAUAAUACUCAUAACAAUUCUCAAAAUAAUGAUAAAACAAUUCAAACGUUUAAUCAAUAUGAAUCAGAUUUUAAAUUUGCACAACGAAAUAACAACAAAACAUAUAGGGACAACAGAACCAUUGACAACUAUGAAAAUGAAAAUAAAAAUUUCUCACAUUUAGAAACUAAACAAAUAGAAAAUCCAAAUACACUAAAUACAUUUAAUAAUAACACACCCAGAAAAAAUAUUGAUAAUAAUGAGGAAGAUAAAACUGAAAAUGAUCGUAUUAACAGCGAAGAAAAUACAGAAAACAUUUCCAUAACAUUAAACGAUAGUCUUCCUAAUAGUAGCAACAAUAGUAUUUACGAACGAACAAUUCCUAAUACACCAGAGGCAUCUGGAUAUUUUUCUAACAAUAAUAAAAAUGGUAUAUCUCAUAAAAAAAAUGGUGCACUAAACAAUUCUGAGCAUGCCAGUAAUACCGGGGCAACCCUCAAUGAUUCAUAUAUCAUUAACAGCAUUUCAAAUCCUAUAAAUAACUACAAAAAUGCAUAUUCCUAUACAUGCUCUAUAAAAAAUAACAACAUACAUCAUACGGGGAGAAACAACAUAAAUAAUUACAUACUCGACAAUAUAAAUGAAAACCAUUUGAAAAAAGAAAAUAACCAAAAAAAUUUAAAUGAUAUAAAAAUAAACAAUAAAACUAUUUUCAUAAAUCGUAAUAUAAAUUCUGAUCAUCUUUAUUCAGUAAAUCCAUCAAAUUGUUUUACCAAUAAUAUGAAUUAUAAUAUAUAUAACAUAGAUAGGAAAAUUGAAAAUUUUAAUUCUGACCAAAUACAUAAGCAUUUCCCAAAUAGAAAUAACAAUUCUGAAAUAUAUAAUAAUUGCAUAAACAAAAAAAAUUCUAAUAAUUUUAUUAAUAAAAAUACAACUAUAUCAAAUUAUACAAAUAAUAUCGAAUUGGACAUAAAUAAUAUAAAUAUGAAUAAUUUUUCUCCUUAUAAAAAAGACAACCAAAUUGCUCAAUUAAAUAAUUACUCAAAAUAUGAAUAUAAUAAUUUUAUAAAUAAUAUUAAAAAUGAUAAUAUACCAUAUGAAAAUACAAUAAAUAACACAUUUAAUGACUCUCCGAUUGAUAUUAUUAAUAAUACCCAUUUGUAUAAUAUUUCUAUCACUUCUAAUCAAAAUAUAAAUAGUUCAAUUCUCACAGAUGGGCACAUCAAUAAUUAUCUAAUAGAUGAUUCUAUUAUCAAUCAAAAUAAUAAAUGUAUUCAACAAAAUUCUAACAACCCUACUAUUAUCGAUAUCCAUUCCUUUGAUACUCACCAUAUUACUCACUAUCCACAUUUACAAUAUCGAAAUUAUAACACCAACAAUAAUUUUAUUUCCGAAAAAAAUCUAUCAAAUAUACCACAAAAUAAAAAUAAUCAAUUUUAUGAUUCUUCUACAUCCAAGUACAAUGAAAAAAACCCUGACACAUCUUCUUGUUUGUCUCAAUAUUAUCAAAACUGUAGCACCCCUUCCAAUUCCAUUUUUUCACAUCCCCCAAACAAUUUUUAUGAUGUAACACAAAAUACAAUAGAAAAUGUUGAAAAUAUUAAAAAUUCUAAAAAAGAAGAUCAAAAUAAAAGUUUUAGAAACGAAAAAAAUGAUGAUAAAAAUCAGACUAUUGAAGUAAACAGACGAAUACAUACUGAUUCACAAAAUAAAGACAAACUAAUAAUCAAUGUAGACAAAAUAAAUAAUACUACAAAAAAUUAUUUUAGUGAACUAGAAAAUAUUACUACCAAUCAAAAAAUGAAACUAAUAAAUAAUGACGAUAUUAUCAAAGAUCCUAAACUAAUUCAAGAAAACGAUUCAAAAUUAAAUAUAACAUGUAUGAAACCUACAAAUAUGAAGAAAAAAAACGAAGACAAUCUUUCAGGAGAUACUCUUGAAUCUCUUCAGGAAGAUGAAAUGACAAAUUUAAAUAAUCAAUUUAAAGAUGACAUAAACAAUGAUAAUAAUAAUAAUGAUAAUGAUAAUGAUAAUGAUAAUGAUAAUGAUAAUGAUAAUGAUAAUGAUAAUGAUAAUGAUAAUGAUAAUGAUAAUGAUAAUGAUAAUGAUAAUGAUAAUGAUAAUGAUAAUGAUAAUGAUAAUGAUAAUGAUAAUGAUAAUGAUAAUGAUAAUGAUAAUGAUAAUGAUAAUGAUAAUGAUAAUGAUAAUGAUAAUGAUAAUGAUAAUGAUAAUGAUAAUGAUAAUGAUAAUGAUAAUGAUAAUGAUAAUGAUAAUGAUAAUGAUAAUGAUAAUGAUAAUGAUAAUGAUAAUGAUAAUGAUAAUGAUAAUGAUAAUAAUAAUAAUGAUAAUGAUAAUGAUAAUAAUAAUAAUACAUCUAUUAGUCCAGAAUACAAUGAGAAUCAUGUAUCAAAUGAAAGAUUUGAGAAGCAGAAUUGUAAAGAUGAUGAAAAAAGGAUACAAAAAAAUAUCCCAUCUAUAACUAAAUCGGAUGAAAUAAUAAAAAUAAACAAGAAUAAUAAAUAUACCUUCCAUAUAGACAACAAAAUAGAUGGGAUCAAUAUUACCAUGGACACCAAUAAACAUAAAAUAAGUAACAUUAUUGAUAAUUUUUCUCAAAGUCACCAAAUUUCAGAUCAUAUUAAUGCACAUUUAAAUAGGGAACAAAUAAAAGUUGAUGCAAUUAAAACAGAAGAAAUUAAUGAUAUAAAUGAAAAUAUAAUUUAUAAGUUUAAUCAAAUUGAAAACCCUCAAACUUGUGAUAAUAGUACUCAAAUUUUAAAAGAGGAAAAACAGAUAAAUAGCUUAAAUCUAAUACAGGAGAAAACAAAUAAUCAGGAUUUUUGUUCAUCAGUUGACGAUAUAAAACUUGAAAAAGAUGAACAAAUCAACUUAUUAAAUAAAAAAAAUGAAGAGGAAAACGAAUCGAAUAUUAUUUAUGAAGAUGAGCAAUGCAAUACCAAAAUUAAAAAUAAAGACAAUAACCAAAUAGGAAACAAAUCUGAUGAAAAAUAUAUUCAAUAUGUUCUUAAUAAUAACCAUUCUAUCAAUUCCACAAAUUUUAACAAUUCAAAUUCAUCAUAUCAUAAAUUUAAUCUUUCUAAUAAUAUUCAUCUAUUGCAAAAUCAAGUUACAAAAGAACUAGAAUUUGAUAACCAAAAUGAAUAUGAACAAAAAGUGUAUCUACAUGAAGAAAAGUUAAUAAAUUCUCAAAAUGAAGAUAAUAACAAUAAUGAUCCAUCCCAUUUAAAAUUUUUGAGUUCCUAUGAUAAUUGCAAUAAUAAAAACAAAUUAAUAGACACAAUCAAUAUGAAUGGAACAAAUUAUUAUAUCCAUGAAAAUAAAAUAAAUAAAGAAAAUAAGCAAAAUGAAUAUGUUCAAAUAUAUAAUAAUGAAAAUUUUUAUUCAUAUAAUAAACUAAAUAAUGCUGAUAAAAAAAUUACUCAACCUUCUAUGAUACAAUUUGACGAAAAAAUUAAUAACCAAAAUUUGUAUCAAAAUUAUUGUAAAUUCAAUCAACUUCCUAGUAUAAUUCAAAAUGAUAAUAAUCAAGUUUCAUUUGAUUUAAAAUCAAGAUAUAAUUUGAACAAUAUCAUUAUAAAUAAUCGAAAUGAUUUUUCAUCUAACAUAGAUAACGGUAAUCUUCCUCAAACUGUUUCUCAUAAUAGCCAAAUUCAUAUGCAAUAUGAAAAAGAAACAAAUGCUAGCAAUAAUAAUUCCCAUUCACAUAUUAAUACAUAUCGAAUAAAUUAUGAAAAUCCCUUAAAAUAUUUAAACGUAGGUGGACAAAAUGAUCCCAAUAGUUUGUAUACUACUAAUCAUGUUAUGACAAUGAAUACAACAAUUGAUUCCUCUGAAUAUCCAAUAAACAGAAUAUAUAACAAUAAUAUAGAUACACAAAAAAAAACAUAUUAUUCCAAAAAUUUUAAUUUCAUAGAACAUAAUAAAGAAAAUUAUCAACUACACUACAAUUCCAACAAUGCGGAUCGAAUCGAAAAUCAUGCCAAUACUACAGAACAUAAUAUUUGUGAUAACGAAAAAAAUACGGAUACUUUCUCUCCAUAUAAUAAUAAUCAAACUGAUCAAAUAGAUCCAGAUAUUAUUAGUCCAGAAAAUCCAAUAUCGACAUCUAAUAAUCCUAACAUUAAUAAUACAUAUUACAAUGAUGCUACAUCACACACACCAUAUGCUAACCAAUCUCCUUCCAUAUCAUUUAAUGAAAAAGAAUUAUCUAAUACACCUACACAAGAUCUUAUAAAUCAACGAAAUUGCCAAUAUAAUCAAUUUAAUGAUAUUUAUAAUAUUGGGCAAAAAGAAAUAUAUUUAUCAUCUAUAAAGGGGGAUCCAAAUAUAAAUAACUACCCCAGAGAUAACACAUGCAUAUACAAUAACUCUUUAUACCCAAUUAAUAAUAACGAUAAAUAUUAUUUAGGGAAUUGUACUGAUAAAAAUAAUAAAACAAAUGUUAGUACAUCUGAUAAUUAUUUUUAUAACUCAAAUAUGGGAAUUUAUCUAAAUACAAAUAAUAAAGAUAUUACAAAAUCAGAAACAAUAGACAAAAAUAAUUUCAUAAAAAUCAGACCUGAAAAAGAUGAUGGAUAUGAAAAUGGUUAUAUAAAAAAUUUUACAAAAGAUAUAAAAGUAGAUGAACUAGAUAUUAAAGAUAUGAAUGAUGAUGAUAAUAUCACAAUCAGUGAAUGCAUUAAUUCAGAAAAUGAAGUUAAUUCUAAUAUAAACCAAUUUGAAGAAAACAAAUCUAGUUUUUCUAUGCUUUAUCUAUUUGGAAAAGUCAAAUUUUAUAUUAGCAUAAUUGAUAUUAUUCAUAACAAAACUAACUCUCAUGAUCUUCUUUGGGUUCCUAGAUGCUGUAAUGGAAGUUAUGGGUCAUUUCUAAAAAAUAAUUAUCUAAAUACUAAUGAAAUAAAUAAAUACGUUCCUGAGGAUACUAUCGAUAUUGAUUGUAUAAAUUUAAAAUUAAUGGAAACAAGAUUUAGUAAAAAUGUUGCAAGCUCUCGAACAACAAAAAGAAAAAGAAUGAUAGACAUAGACAAAACUGUUUUACAUUUUUAUAAAGAACAUAUUAGUGAAUUUUUUAAUAAUAAAAGCAAAAUUAUUAAACUAACUAAAAAAUUAUGUAAAUAUAAAAAAAAAAGAAAAUAUAAUACCCGAGAAAAUAAUGAACAUACAGAAUAUCAAUCUACUCAUUAUUCGAAAAAAAAAAAUACAAAUAUACAAGUUCAAAAAACAAGUUAUAAAAGAAAAAAAGUCACAUCACAACAAACAGAAAAAAAAAAAAAUGACAAAACCGGAGAAGAAAAUACAGAUAAUUCAACUGAAAUUCCUCAAGAUACAAUUAAUAGUAUCGAUCAUAAUGCUUCUAACGAGUUUGAUAAUCUUAAUGUAGGUGUGGAACAAAACAAUAAUUAUUAUACAAAUUAUUAUUGCAAUUAUUACAAUAAUGAACGAGUCAAUAAUAAUUUAAUAGAAAAUAUGUCAAAACAUGUACAAGGAAAUGAUAUUUUAAACAUUAAUUUAGCUAGCUACAAUGACCUUACAAACAAAAAUGCCACAUCAAAAAGAACAAAUGAUAAUAUAAUAAAUAAAGAAAUUCCUCAAGGAAAUUUAUUUGAGCCUCAACACAUCAAAAAUAGUAUAUAUAUCGAUCAUGCAAAUAAAAAUGAUAUUUUAGACAAUUUUUGUUCUGAACAAAUUAAUAAAAAUUAUAAUGAUUCUGAUUGUGGCCAAUUUCUUAUGAAUCCAAAAAUAAAUACUCCAGAUAAAUUGCCAACCAAUUACUUAACCACAACAGAUGUUCAUGAAAAUUACUAUAAUUCCCCAACGGAUAUAAAUAAUAAUUCUAAUUAUAGUAACAAUAAUAACUCACCAUAUUUUAAAAAUAAAAAAAAUAAAAAAAAAAAUGAUGUAAAACCGCAAAUCAACUAUUUUAACGAAAACAAUACAAACCCCUCACUAAACAUUUCCAAAUUACUAGAAACUAACAAUAAUUUUAUAAACAUAUCAAAUAUUUUGUAA